AUGGUACCGGAUGAGAAAAACAAGAGCUCUGUAGACAAAUUCAUCCUGUUGGGAUUCUCAGAAUAUCCACGACUCCAGAUGCCCCUCUUCCUGGUGUUUUUGGUCAUCUACACAGUCAUUCUGGUGGGUAACGUGGGCAUAGUUGUGGUCAUAAAGAUGAACCCCAAACUUCAUACACCCAUGUACUUUUUCCUCAGCCAUGUAUCCUUUUUGGAUAUUUGUUAUUCCACUGUGUUUAUACCCAAACUGCUAGAAAUCUUAGUCAUGGAAGACAGAACUAUCUCCUUCACAGGAUGCAUGCUACAAUUUUUCCUUAGCUGUGAAUCUGUGAUUGCCGAAAUGCUCAUGUUAGCAGUGAUGGCCUAUGACCGGUUUGUGGCUGUUUGUAACCCCCUGCUCUACACAGUUGCUAUGUCUCCUAAGCUCUGUGUUCUCCUGGUAGCUGGAUCUUAUACAUGGGGUGGACUCUGUUCCUUGACACUCACAUGUUCUCUUUUGGAACUAUCCUACUGUGGACAUAACAUCAUAGAUCACUUUGCUUGUGAGUUCUCUGCCAUCCUCUCUGUAUCCUGCUCUGACCCCUACUUCAGCCAGAUGGCAUGUUUAGUCAUUUCUACAUUCAAUGAGCUUUGUAGCCUCCUGAUAAUCCUCGCCUCCUAUGUCUUCAUAGUUGUCACUAUCAUGAAGAUGCCUUCCACGGGUGGACUCAGAAAAGCCUUCUCCACCUGUGCCUCCCACCUGACUGCCAUCACCAAUUCUGAAAGCCGAAAGCUCCUGGUCAAAGUGGCCACUGUGCUGUUCAUAGUCAUGAUCCCCAUGCUGAAUCCCCUUAUCUACAGCCUUAGGAACAAAGAUGUGAAAGAGACACUAAGGAGGUUGAUCAACUCCAAACUGCAUUCUCACUUGAUUUAA